GGUUUUUGAAACACUUUAAAAAUUGAAAUUUGGACAUUAGUUUGUUGGGAGUUUUAAAUAUUAAAACCUCUAAAAAUAAGAAAUGUCGCAAGAAAUAUCGUGUGGUCUAGAAUAUAUCUCAACACCAGAUUUACAAGCAUGUCUUACGGAGGCUUUACAUAGUAAUUAUUCAUUCAUAGUUGCAAAUGUUGUGCAUCCACGUUUUCGCCGAUCAUAUAUUCCUGGUGCUAGUAAAAUUGGAGGAUUUACGCGGUCUGACAUGGUACUGUCUCCACAAGAUUGGACAAGUCGUAUAGUUGCAAAGAUAUCACCUUACAUUUGUGUUGACUCAGAAUCUCCGGUAGUCCGUCAGCGUCAUGAGGAUUGCUUGAAUGAAGAGCUAUCAUACUGCCGGGGCUUAGGUGUACCUGCUAUUAUGUUAUCAUUACAAUCAAGAAAUACAAAUAACUUAUCGAGAAUUCUUCAAACAUAUUAUGAAACAAGCCAUCACCCAUCCCUUAUAUGGGCAUCUGUACCAAUGUAUUGCACAAGAAAUGCUCGACGCAACAACCAAGAUGAUGAUGAUGAAUGCGAAGAAGCAUGGGAUGAAACCUGGCAUUGGUGGUCCAAGUUCCAUGAACGGUUAGAAUGGGAUAAACGAGUUGGAGUUGUUUUAGAGAUCUCAGCUGAUAUACCACCUCAGAACAUAUUAAAAAGAUGGCUUGGUGAACCAGUCAAAGCUAUUGUUAUUCCAACAUCCAUUUUUCACAACAACAAGAAAGGAUAUCCAGUGCUAUCAAGAGCUCACCAACAACUUGUUGUCAAUAUGGUUGAGCAUGAAGCCCAAGUAAUAGUCAGUGGAGCAAGGAGAUCUAAUAUUGAAUAUUAUCUACAAUAUCUGUUCCGUUUAUGGCAAAGAAGACCGUACAAAGCUGAUGAUCCUAUGCUUAGUUAUGCACGAGGGUGGGAAGACUAUCUUCAAACACCAUUGCAACCUCUUGCAGACAAUUUGGAUACUCAUACAUAUAAUGUCUUUGAAAAGGAUCCCAUUAAAUAUGACCAGUAUCAAAGGGCUAUUACACAAGCCUUAGUUGAUAUAAAAGAAAAGCGCCUCAACAAAGAUAACAAAGAAACAAUGAAUGAACUUUGUAAUGAUGUCAAAGAAUUUUCCGUAUCCAAUGAAAAGAAUGAAAUGGGACAUGGUGAUUGUUUACAAGAAACAGAAUCUAUAACAGUGAUGGUUUUAGGAGCGGGCAGAGGUCCAUUAGUGAGAGCUACAUUUAAUGCUGCUGAUAUUACUAAGAGUAAAGUAAAGGUAAUAGCAGUAGAAAAGAAUCCCUGUGCAGUGGUAGUGCUCGCUGCACAAGUUCGUGAAGUAUGGCGCGAUCGGGAUGUUGUAGUUAUUCCCGGCGAUAUGAGGCAUCUUAAUCUCUCUCCAAAAGCAGAUAUUAUUGUCUCUGAAUUAUUGGGUUCAUGGGGUGAUAAUGAACUAUCUCCGGAAUGUCUAGAUGGAGCUGCAGGUCUUUUAAAGCCGGAUGGGAUAUCAAUACCUAAAGAGUACAAUUCCUAUGUGGCUCCAAUAUCUUCACCUCGAUUGUGGGCAGCAGCUAAAGUUGCCUCAUCGAGUUCAACAAACCAAAAAGAAAAGAACCUUGAAACAUUAUGGGUUGUUUACAUGCAAAAUAAACAUGACAUUGCCGGAACUAAGCCCGUGUUUAACUUUACACAUCCAGCGAAAGGUACAAAAGACCAUGAAGGUGAUGAACUGAAACACUACAGAGGUCUACCACUGACAGACAACAGAAGAUCUGCAACAGUAUCUUGGGUUGUAGAACAGGAUAAUGUGAUGCAUGGCUUCGGAGGGUACUUUGAUUGUUCACUGUAUGGAGGGGAAAUGAUCAGUAUUGUUCCGUCAACUCAUAGCCCAGGAAUGAUAUCAUGGUUUCCUGUUUUCAUACCAAUAAAGACACCUCUAAGGGUACAUAAAGGAGAAACAAUAACUGCAACAUUCUGGCGUUGUGUCAACUCAAGAAGGAUUUGGUAUGAAUGGAUUGUGGAGGUUGGUAACUAUACAACACCUCUGCACAAUGCAAACGGAAGAAGCUCAGAAAUGUUAUUAUGAUAUUGACAUUGUUUACAUAUAAGAA